UGAUUGUGUAUACCGUCAUAUGAUCUCGUCGUUUCAUCAUUUUCCAACAGAAGCAAGUGUCUUUGGAGAGCAAGAACGAGUAAAAAAUAAGAUAAGUGAACUGAUUCCUUUGUACCCGUAGAGUAUUUUAGGCAAAAUAAUGCCCGACGUGAACUCAACAGCGGGUUCUAAAAAUGCUACCGUCGUUGAGCCUGACCCGUCGGCAGCGGCGGACACCACCGCUGACACGCUAAGACAACGAUCCAAUGUUACGAGUAGAACUGAAAAUAAUGGCGAUGGCCCGAGUAGUAAAGACAGUGAAAAUGCCGGUGCUACCGGCGGGGGCACGUCGGCUUCAGAGUCUGCCGAGAAGGACGGAUCGGCGCAGGAAAGUCUCUUUGAAUGCAACAUAUGUCUGGAUACGGCCAGGGAUGCUGUAGUUAGUCGAUGCGGUCAUUUAUUUUGUUGGCCUUGCCUAUACCAAUGGUUAGAAACGAGGCCCAACCGGCAAACAUGUCCAGUGUGUAAAGCAGGCAUCAGUAAAGAAAGUGUUACACCGCUCUACGGUAGAGGUAGCUCGAAGCAGCAGGACCCAAGGGAAAAAAUACCACAGAGACCUCCAGGGGAGAGGCCAGAGCCAGAAACACAAGGACCAUUUCAAGGGUUUGGUUUUGGUGAUGGAGGCUUCCAGAUGUCGUUCGGUAUCGGGGCAUUUCCAUUUGGCUUUUUUGCAUCGACAUUCAAUCUCGGAGAGGGGGGAAGAUUCUCUGGACAUAUUCAUCGUCCACAAGUUCCACCAAAUCCAGAGGAGCAAUUUCUCUCCAAAGUAUUCCUGUGGGUGGCCAUUCUAUUCGUCAUAUGGUUGCUGAUGGCUUGAACAUCCAUUCCCAUUCGUACUAUAUGUCUGGCAUCUCAUCUCAUCAACCCAUAUUCCCUGAUAUCAGCACAGUCUCGAAUGGCACCAGUCUGUUCUAGAACCGAGCCUCAUUUUGGACCUCAUGGGUUUGUGUACACACCACACCAUGUAACUUUGUGUAUAAAGGGAAUCUGGAGACAGGAUAACCUGGUAAAUUGCACCCACUAUAACACUUUUAUUUAUCUACAUUUAUUUUUAUUUUUUUAUUUUUUAUUUGAUGGCCAACACAUAUUUAUUGUUAUUACUUCAAAAUUGUAAUAUUGAUCUAAUAUUUAUACUUGGCCAAAUUUCAGAGAGCUUCUUAAAGGCACAGUGUACAUGUUUAGUAAUUGUCAAAGACCGGUGUUCUCACUUGUUGUAUCCCAUCAUCAGCA